CAGAGGAUAUCAGAGUGGAACUGCACGCUUGCUCCUUGUGCAGUUCACCUGUGGUAGGGAACCAGGACAGCUCCUCUUGUGCCGGAUAGCUGAUCAUGGGAUUUUGCAGGAAGAGAUUUGUUAAGGUGUCCAGGUUGCUCUUCUGGUUCUUCAUUGGGACAGCUUUUAUGCUCUUCAUUGUCUCUUUCAGCUUCUUGCUUGGAUUUUCACAAAAGCCUCAUAUCAGGGCUUUCAGUCAUUUUCAAAAUACCAGAGAAGUGUCACAGGGGAACCGCCAAAAGAUUAGAGCAGCAGAGGUGAGCCCGCAAGAGGUGAUUCUGAGGACAAACAGCACUAUUCUGAAACAAGAUGUAGUCAAGAGGAUAGCAGAAGAUGAAGUAAACAUCAAGGAGAAGCAAAAAGAAGGCAAGAAUACAAGACCAACAUCCAAUGAGAAACCAGCCAAGAACGGUGUAGCAGGAGCUCCCAAUGACAAGCCUGCCAAGGAUAAUGGUGUACCAGCAGCGCCCAGUAACAAGCCAGCCAAAGAUAACAGUGUACCAGCAGUACCCAGUGACAAGCCAGUCAAGGAUAAUGGUGUACCAGCAGUGCCCAAUAAUGAGCCAGCCAAGGAUAAUGGUGUACCAGCAGUGCCCAAUAAUGAGCCAGCCAAGGAUAAUGGUGUAACAGCAGUGCCCAAUGACAAGCCAGCCAAAGAUAACAGUGUAUCAGCAGUACCCAGUGACAAGCCAGUCAAGGAUAAUGGUGUACCGGCAGUGCCUAAUAACGAGCCAGCCAAGGAUAACGGUGUACCAGCAGUGCCCAAUAAUGAGCCAGCCAAGGAUAAUGGUGUAACAGCAGUGCCCAAUAAUGAGCCAGCCAAGGAUAAUGGUGUAACAGCAGUGCCCAGUAAUGAGCCAGCCAAGGAUAAUGGUGUACCAGCAGUGCCCAAUGACAAGCCAGCCAAGGAUAAGAGCAUAGCCCAAAACCAGGCAAAAAUGGAAGUGGCCCCCACGCCAGCUAAGCCUGGUGCUGUGAGACCUGUGACACAUAGCCAGGGUCACCCCAACCCUGCAGUGCAGAAGCCAGCUGUUCCCACAGGCCAGAGGGUCAUGAGUCAGGUUCCUGCAGUGACAGAAAAGAAAAGGCUGAAGGCUGCUGAUUUCAAGUCUGAGCCCCAGUGGGAUUUUGAGGACCAGUAUGUCCUGGACAGUUCGUCUCCACCAUCGAGCUGCCCCACUUCAGUGAAGGCCCAAGCUGCCAAGUCUGACUGGUUGAAGAACCUUUUCCUGCCCAACAUCACACUCUUCAUUGACAGGGUGCACUUCAAUGACAGUGAAUGGGAGCGCCUGGAGCAUUUUGCACCUCCAUUUGGUUUUAUGGAGCUAAAUUACUCAUUGGUGAAGGAGGUCUUAACACUCCUGCCGCCCAACCCUUUCCAGCAGAUCCUCCUAGCCAACAACAGCAGCCAGAUACCAAGGUGCAUCAGCUGUGCUGUGGUGGGGAAUGGGGGAAUAUUAAACAAUUCUGGAAUGGGCAAGGAGAUCGACUCCCACGAUUAUGUGUUCCGGGUGAGUGGGGCGAUGAUCAAAGGCUAUGAGAAAGAUGUGGGAACAAAAACUUCUUUCUAUGGAUUCACAGCCUACUCCUUGGUGGCCUCUCUCUCAGCACUGUGGAGCAUGGGCUUCAAGAAGAUCCCAAUGGGAAAAGACAUCAGAUACAUUCACUUCCUGGAGGGCGAGAGGGAUUUUGAGUGGCUCAAGGCUCUCCUGUUGAACAGGGACGUCAGGAAGGGAUUUCUGGACCAAUACGGGCACAGGCCUCGGGAGAAAUUCAGUGAUGAUUUUAAUCUGGGUCAGUAUCUGGUGAUCCAUCCUGACUUCCUCAGAUAUACGAAAAACAGGUUUUUAAGAUCCCAAACUCUGAAUAUGUCCUACUGGCGAAUUUACAGACCCACCACUGGUGCUUUCCUGUUGCUGACUGCCCUCCAUCUCUGUGACCGGGUGAGUGCCUAUGGCUACAUUACAGAAGGCUACAACAAGUACUCGGAUCACUAUUAUGACAAGGUGUGGAAACGCUUGAUCUUCUACGUCAACCAUGACUUCGAUCUGGAGAGAAGGGUAUGGAAAAAACUCCAUGAUGAAAAUAUCAUGAAACUCUACCAGCGCUCCUGACCAGGGGCAGAACGGACCUUGGCUGGAGGCUUUACUCCUCCCUGAUAAACAUUCACAUGGAAGAGAAACUUGAGAGGCAUCAGUGUCUCUGGACUUGGAGUCACAUUCUCAUUUUUUUGAAAAUACUGUUGUCCUUUGGCACCAAAAAUCUUAUGUCUCCAGGUGUCUUUCCAGGAAUAUGCAUCCAGUGUUCUUGUUAACCAUCAGGAAACAGACACCAUGCAAGCAGCAAAGACAUUCCCCCCCAUUCUGAAUGUAGGUACAGCAGGCAUAGGGCUGAUUUCUUCCCUCCAGGGCAUGAAAGCCAUAGUAGGUUCUUAUGACUAGGACGUCUUCAGAAAGUAGAGUUAAGUCAGUGGGGGCAUGUCUAUAUGUGCAUUAAUGUGCCGUACUUAUGACACAUUAAGUUUAGUACCUGUAAUAACAGUUACUAACUCAAUGCACAGUAACUGGCGCUACUGCGCAGUAGCGCCAGCACACGCCUUUUUAGUGAUGCUAAUGUGCAGUAGACGAAUUCUACUGUGCAUUAGCACAAUGGCAUGACUUUUGACAUGACACGCUAAUGCUCAGGAGAAUUAGUCUACUGUGCAUUUAGCAUCUCAUGCAGAUGCUCCCGGGGAGAGAGGAUUCCAAGAUAGAUGGCUUUGCAGGUCAAAGGUGGUUUUGAUCCCUGCAUGUUUCCAUUGGGGGGGCCUUCUGGCAGCACGAUGUGUUCAGGUAGUGGCUGAAAUGGUGUUCAGUUGGGUUUCCUGGGGAAAGGAAUCCUUCUUGAGUGUAGCAGUUAUUGGAAAGGGGAAAUUAGUUUUGGUAGAUCCCUCAUUGCCAACCUCCAUUGGACUCCAUGGCUCCGUCUAGCACCACUAUGAUGUCCCAGAGACUAACCACCUACCUGUUCUUCACCUUUUGGCUGCAGUUCCUAUUUCCUAUCAGACCCACACGCAGUUUAUAGAUGACAAUUUCAGUGUGGUGGAGAAGGGAAUGCAUUUGUCUGAGGUCAGUUCAACCCAAUUCCAUGCAGGCACGGCCCCAAAUCUGCCUCUCCACAUUUACCUCUUUUUUGACCUCUGCCGUUAGGCUGCUCCCAUUGGGAUGGGACUGACUUUAUCUCAGGUAAUUACAGACAUUGCCUAGUGGUUGCUGCUCAGGAUCAGGAGCCAGGACUCCUGGGUUCUAUUUUUGAUUCUGCCGCUGACUUGCUGUGUGGCCUCGAGUAAAUCACAUAUCCUGCCUGUAAAA